AUGAGUAUACCAGAAAACUGGGUUACAAAUAAAAUGCCUAGCAGGGAUUGGAUCACCGCUUUUCUUAAACGAAACACAAGUUUUUCGCUUAGAAAACCUGAAACAGCCAAAAUCAAAGCAAUGUCAUUCAACAAAACUAAUGUGCAAGAGUUUUACACAAAAUUAGCAAAGAUUUUGGAUCAAUAUAAAUUCGCAGCUUCUGCUAUAUGGAAUGCAGAUGAAACUUGUGUAUCGACCGUUAGCAAGCUCCCAAAAAAAACUGCUAAUAAAGAAAAGGAACAUGUUGCUGUUGACAAACCAACUGGUGAAUGUGGAACUAAUGUUACUGUUUUAGUUGCAGUCUCCGCUACAGGUUCAUUUAUUCCACCUAUGUUUAUAUUUCCUUGUGAAAAGUUUGAAGAGCGCUUUAUUCAAGAUGGUCCUACUGAUUGCAUAGGUGCUGGGAAUCCAAGUGGCUGUCUUACUCAUGACGAUUUUUUUAUGUAUAUGCAACAUUUUAUCAAGCAAGUCAAGGCUAGUAAAGAAUCACCAGUUUUGUUGAUUUUAAACAACAACUCUUCAUCAUACAUAUCUGUACCAACGUUAGACCUUGCUGAGGAAAAUGGAGUGAUAAUGCUUUCUAUUCCUCGACAUUGCUCCCAGAAAAUGCAACCACUUGACGUGGGAGUAUACGCACUCCUCAGAACAUAUAUGCCAUCAGCUAAAGUUGCAUGGAUGCAAAAUAAUGCUGGAAAGAUGAUGACUAUUUAUGAUAUCCCUGAAAUCGUUCGCACUGCUUUACCUUUAGCUUUAGAACCUAAUAACAUAGUGAGUGGGUUUGAAAAAACUGGCGUAUUUCCCUGCAAUGAAAAUAAAUUUAGCGACGCUGAUUAUGUGUCAUGCCCUAUGGAGGAAGACAAAAAUGAGACAUCAAACAUGGAACAGCCAUCAACAUCCACUUUUUCUCUUUUGCAUAACAUAUUGAGUGGAUUUGAAAAAGCUGGAAUAUUUCCUGACAACCAAAAUAAAUUUGACAUAGCUGAUGAUUUUGCGAUGAAUCCAACGGAAAAUGAGCCACAGCCAUCGACAUCGACGUCAGGUUUGUUGCCAAAUGCACCACAGCCUUCUACAUCAUUGAAUCCACAAGAACCAACGUCGAGUGAAACAGAGGUUGAAACUAUUGAAGUAUUAAUUGAUCCUCUAGAAUUAUUUUCAGAAAAAUGA